AUGAAGCCGACCAUCACCUUCGAAUUACAAAGCCUCCGUUCAGAUACUCCCGUGAUUCACAAGUAUGGCCCCGAAAAGAGAAGCUGGCUGCCUCUUUACCGUUUUACCGGGUGGAGGUCUGGAGUUCUCAACUUUGCAGGCUGCGCAACGUUGGUCUGCGUAAUCAAUCUUAUCGUCACCAUCUGGAGCUCAUCAACUCGACCAACAAACAAAGGCCUACUGUACCAGGGAGACUGUGACCAUGCAAAGAAACUGAGCACUGGCUUGCACGUAGUGAUCAAUAUUCUCAGUACAAUAUUGCUAAGCGGAAGCAAUUAUUGCAUGCAGUGCCUUUCUGCACCUACAAGAUCUGAGGUGGAUAGGGCGCACGCGAACAACAAAUGGCUCGAUAUUGGCAUCCCGAGCAUGCGAAAUCUGAAGUACAUCAAGCGACACCGACUCGUGCUGUGGAUUUUACUGGCUUUUACGUCGCUCCCAUUGCAUCUCUUCUACAACUCCGCAGUCUACGUCUCGGUAUCUUCCAACAGUUACUUCGCAUUUUCCGUGAGCGAAUCCUUCUUAGAGAGUGCCGAGUGCAUCAACUGUUCUACCCCACCUAAUAAGGACACAAACCUGACAGAACCCUUGAUUGCUCCAUACCCUAACCAAGAGUUUCCCUACCUGCUGAACGGCUUAUGGUCCAAAGCUCGUAAUGGGACCUUAGACAGACUCGAACCCGCCGAGUGCAUAGAUCAGUAUGCCACAUUGAUCCAAUCAACCAGGCGCAACGUACUCCUCGUUGCAAGCGACGAGAACUUUCCAGGAAAAGAGAGGAAUACUUUCAUCAAUGGCUCUUAUGUCUACGAUGCCCUGGCAUUUGCCUCUAUCGAUAUUUAUCGCCCGGAACAAGCUUCCAAUGCAUAUAAAUGGCUUUGCUCGGGCUUGCCCAGUAGCGAAGCCCCCUGCACAAGUCGAAUUUCGGAUAUAAAGUCGGACUUCUCUGCAUGGAGAGUUGGCCGCGAUAAUUGUUCAUCGACACAAUACUCUCGAAAUAUGUAUAGUGAAGGCUGUAACCGUGAAGAUCACGACACUUAUGCAGUGAGUUACUGCCUCAGCGAAGAGGCAAUUCCGCAUUGCAAAGUCCACUUCAGCCGCGAUAUCUCGAUAUUGGUAACUGUCAUCAAUCUGGCAAAAGCCCUUUUAAUGUUCUACGUGGCGUUCAAGGUGGCCGACGACCCGCUAAUCACGAUGGGCGAUGCGGUAGCGUCUUUCAUUGAUAACCCAGAUCCGAGCACCAGCGGUGCAUGCCUGGCAUCCAUCGCAGAGAUCAGGAAGAAACAAUAUCGCCCAGGCGCCAAACAGUGGAGAUCCACCAAGGUCUUGUGGAGACACGCGACGAGCAAGAUGCGACGCACUUUCAUUAUCACCACGAUUACGAUCGUACUCAGCACAGUCUCAUCUUUACUCGGUUUCGGUAUCUCGAAGCUGCCGAACGGUAUGUCGAGAUCGUUUGCCGGCCUAGCCAGUCUUGGGUUUGGCGCAGUUGACCCUCGCGCUAUGAUUGCCAGCGGCUUAGGAAUUACCGAUCUAAUCUCGAACUCUCUCAUCGCCAAUAGCCCGCAGCUGGUUUUGUCAAUCUCAUACUUCAUGUACAAUGCAUGUUUCACAAACAUGCUCCUAGGUUAUGAAUGGCUUUCCUACGCACAGAAGCGCAAGGGUUUGCGCCUUUCCCGCUCCCCAACUGGCGAGCAACGAUCAACCUACUUCUUACAACUACCAUACCGAUUUGGGAUCCCACUGGUUAUACUGAGCGGCACUUUACACUGGCUCGUCUCACAGAGCAUCUUCCUCGUUUCCAUCGACCUCUACGACUACAUGGACAACAAAAGUGUUGCAGGACAGGAUUGGUUGAGAUACAGUGUAGGUUGGGAAGAAGAUCGGCCCCUGAGCAUAACAACUUGUGGAUACUCGCCUAUCGCGAUUAUCUUUGCUCUUUUCAUAGGCUCCCUCAUGCUCGUUGCAUUGCUGGGCGUUGGCUUUAUCCCGUACAAACACAGCAUGCCACUCGCAGGAAGUUGCAGCAUGGCGAUCAGUGCAGCGUGUCAUCCGGAGGUGAGUGAUCGGGAACAGCUAUCUACUCAGAAGCUACAAUGGGGCGUUGAAACGGCAGUAAGGGAUCACGAAGGUGUUGGACAUUGCUCUUUCUCGGCAUCUCCGGUUGGAUCGCCAGUUGAGGGACACACAUAUGCUUGA